AACACACUGCCCCAGUAUCCACUGCUUCAUUUCUCGUGUUGUUUGCAAUUCCUUCGGCCUAAACAUGUCCGAGCCUAAAGUGUGGUCUCGUUUUUCCGCAAAAGCCAAGGAUGGAACAGUGUUGAAAUUUCGCAUACAAGCCAUGACGGAGGAUAGAAAAGAGGAUUUGAUGAAUUUGUUAAUGACUUAUUUUGUACCCGAAGAGUCGAUGCACAAAGGUUUAGGUAUACCCAAAAAUCCUGAAGCAAUGGCAGAACUACUAGAAAUUUAUAAAGAACUUUGGAGUGUAAAACCAAAUCAAAAUUUAACCAUUUGUGUCUCGGACGAUGAAACUGAAACCAGAAGUGAAUUAUUUGGCGCAUCGCUGAUAAUUUUGGACAAGAGGGAAGAAAAAGAAAAACUACAUUACGAACCGAUCAGUGAAGUAAUCAAGGAAUCUAUCAAAAUAGCGUCAUGUCUGUCAAUGAAAUACAAUGUUUUUGAAAAACAUGAUUUGAAUGAAUUUUACGAUGGGAGGGGAGUUGUGGUUCAUCCAAAAUGUAGAGGUCUUGGUAUCGCUCAAGAGUUCCUCAAAGUGAGACGACUGGUUUGCAAAGAACAUAAUGUCCCGAUGACUGGAGCAUGGAUGACUUCAUUUGGAACACAGAAAGCAGCCAUCCGUGACAACUGGGAAACCGUAUUCGAAUUGAAUACCGAAGAUUUUGCGAAGGAAGUAGGAGUUAAAUUUGAAAAUGUACCACCGACUUUUAUGUUUAUGAUUGCUAAAGUCGAAUAAAUGGUUUUAGUUUCUUCUAAAGAAAGAAACAACUAAAGUAAAA